AACAAGUUUUAAAUUUGUUUAAAUAAACUUCUAAAUGUCUUCAUGGCAAUAAAUUCAAAUAAACAAAUAAAUAAUAAUCGUUAAAUUUGGAAAACAAUAAUGAAGUGCUGUACAAACAUUUAACGAGAAAUUAAUACAACAAAAAAAUAAUGUUUAAAUUUAAAUCAGUUAAUUCAGGCAGCCCACAUUUAUCAUCUUCAUAUACAUUGCUGGGAGCAGCAGCAACAUCUUCAUCAUCAUCAUCAUUAUCGGUGCCAUUGUCGCCUUCAUCACCAGCGACGACGACUAUGACAUGUUGUUCAUGGCGUCCUUUAUAUAAAAAUAUUUUAUGUUUAAUAAUCGGUUUAAUAAUUGGCAUACGCUUUACUGACAUUUGGUUUAAUAUACAAAAUGAAACAUUAACAACCAUUUGGCCACCGACAGCAGCGACAACAACAACGACAACAACAUUUUCAUCAUUCUCUUCUUCAUCAUUAGAGAAUGACAAUUUAUUUAAUAGGACAAGAGUCCUCUGUUGGAUUUUGACAAAUCCAACCAACCAUUUAACCAAAGCCAUACACAUUCGUCAUACCUGGGGAAGACGUUGUAAUAAAUUGCUGUUCAUGAGCACCGAAGAGGAUGAAGUUUUAACCACAGUUAAAUUGGAUGUUGAGGAAGGUCGUGAACAUUUAUGGAAUAAAACCAGGCUGGCCUUAAAAUAUAUUUAUGAUCAUCAUAUCGAUGAGGCAGAAUGGUUUUUAAAAGCUGAUGAUGACACUUAUGUCAUCAUGGACAAUUUGCGAUAUUUUCUAUAUCAGUAUCCCCCAGAAGCUUCCAUAUAUUUUGGUGCAAAAUUUAAACGAUUUGUAAAACAGGGUUACAUGUCUGGCGGUGCUGGUUAUGUUCUUAGCAAAGAAGCACUUAAGAAAUUCGGUUCUGAAGCUUUUGAUGACCCCGACAAAUGUUCCGAAUCCUAUCAGGCAGAAGACGUGCAAUUGGGCAUGUGUUUGGAAAAUAUUGGUGUAAUUGCCGGUGAUUCCAGAGACGAAGAAGGUAAUGAACGUUUUUUGCCACUGCCAAUAGAAUAUCUAAUACCGGAAGAUAAGACAUGGUGGUAUAAAAACUAUUCAUAUUAUCCACAAAAAGAAAAUACCUCCUGCUGUUCGUCUAGUGCCAUAUCAUUUCAUUAUAUUGUGCCGGAACAAUUUUAUGUGCUAGACUAUUUUCUAUACACUUUAAGAAUUUUUGGUAUUUUUAACAAUUUUAGUUUACCUAAAAAAAUCACUGUAUCUGAUAUAAUGUCUAAGGAGUUACAAAAUUUUGAACCCAUACCAGAACCUCCGGUUGAUGUGAGUUGAUGUUUUCUGUUUUGGUUUCUUAAAAAGCU